UGAACAAUGCUGUGAUCUUCCGCUCGUCGGCGAAGAAUGUCUGGGCGCGGUCUUGAAAUGGGUUCGAUCUUGGCAGGGGAAUGAGAUUUGUGGAGGAAGACUUGUAUAUCAAUACAGCACUAGGUCGUUCGAUAGAACCAAGACGAUCGUCUCAAUCACUUGUCGCAUUUCGUGUUGGGUCAUGGCCGUUGAGUGCACCGCGCUGGAAUACGACGAACAGACAAAGCCUGCGAUGUGAUUCGAUUGACGCUGACACCUAUCAUCUCUCUUGUGUAUUCCGUGAGUGUGGAUCCGAUGGGCUCGUGGAAUUUGACUCCUGUUUUCCCUUUGUCCUUUGUCAUUCUUUGUAUUUGUACGCGGUAUGGUACAUACCGCUUUGUCUGUUUCGGAUAUGCCUAUGUAGCAUUCCUGUGUUUGAUGAUUGUCAUAACAACUACCUUAAGUAUUUGUUACGAAAGACGUGAUUACAUAUAUCACGAUCUUUGCCCGCUCUUAGAUAGAGAAUCAGGCAUUCAGAUAUCAUUUUCAACCGGGCUAUGAUGGUCAGGCAAUGACUGUGAUGACGACGAUAAUGAUGAUGAUUGUUGAAAAAUGACCGAUUUCUGCGUCUGGGAACACCACCGAUUACCUCUGAUCGGGACAGGACUGUACC